CAACAGAUGAUUGUAUUGCAUGCUGUGGAUGAAGCAUUAUUAUUGUGAAAUGCACAAUUUCUAACAUGUUUUAUUACAAUUUUAAGAUUAACUGUUAACUAAUUGUUGUUAUUGUCAUGGAUACAUAUUUAAAGUUCAAAACAGUUGUAACCUCUACGGCUCUAGCUGUCGGUUUUGCCGGUGCUACUUUACUGGUGUUCAAAUAUAAACUAAGAAAAAGAAAUGCAGUCGAUGCUCUUAACUACUUAACAAUUAGAACAGUGAACACAGAAGAGUCCUGCAAUGAAGUUAUAAAUGAAUUACGCAGGAGAAUAGGACUUCAUAAAGCCAUUGGUUUUGAUUGCGAAUGGGUUACAAACCAGGGCAGAAGACAACCUGUUGCUUUGGUUCAGCUCUCUUCCUAUGAUGGUUACUGCGGUUUGUUCCGACUUAGUCAUUUAAAGACUUUACCCAGCUCUUUAAAGGAGCUUCUAGAAGAUGAGAGUAUAUUCAAAGUUGGUGUGGCACCAUUUGAUGAUGCUAAAUAUUUAUUAAAUGACUACUCAGUAGCCUUGAAGUCCACUUUAGAUCUACGGCACAUUGUGGAACUAACAGGCCAUACUACAGGUGGUUUGGCUUUUUUGGCUCAAUCCGAACUCAAUGUUGUUCUAGACAAAAGUUGGAGGGUGCGUUGCAGUAACUGGGAAGUUGAUGAGUUAACACAAACACAAAUAAAUUAUGCAGCAGCCGAUGCCCAUGUGGCCAUUAAAAUCUUUGUUAACCUUAUUAACAAGAAAUAUGGCUCAAUAUGGAGUUGGUUAGACCACACAAGUAAUAAUGUUUGGCAUAAUAUAAAUAAUAUCUGCUGGAAGUAUGCUGAUAUUGGCUUUAAAAGUAAACACACAGCUAAAUUGGGCAAUGAAAUUAAAAAAGAAAAGGAAAGUAAAUUAACGAAGGAUGCAGCAGUGAGCAAACGGUAUCCGCACGCGACGCGGUCCAAGCCUUUAUACCACAAUUGUUUCUUAGUGGCACCAGAUGGAGAACUUCUCUGCACAUGUGACACUAAAAAGGCUGAAUGGUACGUGGAUAAAGAAUUAGCAGACGUGGUAAAGGAGGAUCCGCUCACAGUACGCUUACGUUUCGAGCCGUCCGGCCGCUCGGUGGGCGAGGUGGGCCGGUACUACCAACUUACUAAAGAAAACAAAUGCGUUGUUUGCGGCGGCGAUAACUCUUAUAUACGAAAAAAUGUAGUGCCAAGAGAAUACAGGAAAUAUUUUCCAGAAAUAAUGAAGGACCACGCGUCGCAUGACGUGGUGCUUUUGUGUACGGGCUGCCACCAGCGCAGCAACAUGCGCGACCAGGCGGUGCGGGAGCGGCUCGCCGAGCAGUGCGCCGCGCCGCUCGCCGCGCACACCGACAACAAGUUCAAGGAGGACGUUGACUGCAAGAAAAUCCGUUCAGCUGCUCGAGCUUUGCUAUAUCAGUCGAGAAAACACGUCCUGCCAGAGGAGAGGCGGAAGGAGUUAGAACUAAUAUUAUUGCGUCACUUUCCACAACAUCAAGAGAUCACACAGGAACUUCUGCAAGAGGCGGCGGAGAUACAAGUUGUGUUUGAAAACGUAGACUACUCGUCGCACGGACAUAAAGUGGUAGAGUACUUCUUGAAGCACGAGGGUCUGCUGCAGCUGGAGCGGCUGUGGCGGCAGCACUUCCUCUCCUCCAUGCGGCCGCGCUACAUGCCGCAGCUCUGGUCGCUCGAUCACAACGAGCAAAGAUUAAAAAUAAGGUUAGAAGAAGGUCGUCUUUCCGAAGAAGACUCAAAGCUGCUAGGAUUUUGAAUACUGGAAUGGU